GUCACGAUGAGUGUUGAUCAUAAGAAGCUUCUUGAUUCCAGCUUCAACAUCUAGCUGCAAAUAGGUAUCCGCAAGAUCUAGGGUAGCAAAGUAUUUGCCUUUGUUCAGCUUCGCGAACGGUUCUUUAGGAAGUGGAAGGGGUAUUAAUGGGGUUCCAUUGCAGCGUUCAAACCAGUCCACACACAAGCGGAGAGAACCGUUCGGUUGCUUAAUCACAGCCCAUGGCGAGAAAUUGAUUCGUUUCAUCACUCCAGCCUGACACGAUUGGUUAAGCUCCUAUUCAAUAAAUAUUUGUGAUGCAUAAUAAACCGGGUACCUAGAUCGAAGCACUGGACUUGCAUCAGUGUCUGUCCUUGGAUUUGUCUUCUACCAGUUCUUGCUACAUGACUACUACCAAUCCUGCACUGACGGUAUCACCUCGAAUGGUGACGAAACGUUUGCAGUCAAGUUGCUCAGCUCGGCAAACACCACAGUAACUGAACAAACCUUCCGAGCUACCAGUAUUUCAAGUAAUUUCGAAGUCGAUUGUGAGAUGAGGUUACUAUCCUUUACCGCCAUGUCAGCUCACCGAAGAAAAAGUCAUGGAAUGAUCACACGGUUAGACAAGUCAUUAGGGUUGAACUUAUCGACUGACGAUUGCCUUUCCGAACAUUUCGAUCACUCGGAGAGAGUCGAGGUCCCAGAGGUUGUGGCAAAGAAACCGAAACCGAACGAGAACAGUCCAGUGACAGUCGGGUUCAGCGUCCCCUCACCUGCACGCCACGCAGGGAUAUCAUUCAGCAAUACAUUACACGUGAGUUUUCCUAGUGAAUGA